CCUGCUUUUUGUCCAGGAUCUGUUUUGAGAUUUCGAGGCUAGUUUGCGUCGGGCGAGGCGGUCGUAGUGCAGCAGCAUGGUGUAAUAGCCACGAAAUUGUGUGUGGUGAAAACCUUCCUACAGCAGAUUUAUUUAAUUUUUUGGUUUGAAUUCAGAAAAAAAAUAUUCAUGUAAAUGUCAGUCGUUGAUAAAUAAAGGUGACCGUCAGUAGAUCAACAAUGCAUCAGCAGGCGCAGCAUUUCUCUCCAACCAACGGAGAUUUUACCUUCGUUUCCUCGACUGACGCCGAAGAGCUCAGCGGCUCCAUCGACGCUCCAGAGGUGAAGCUGAACCUUGGCGGCGAGUCUCCGAAAGACGCUUAUGCCACGGCGUUCCUGCGGCAGCGCGGCUAUGGCUGGCUGCUGGAGGUGGACGAGGAGGACCCAGAGGACACGAAGCCCCUCCUAGAGGAGCUCGAUAUCGACCUGAAGGAUAUCUACUACAAGAUCCGCUGUGUGCUGAUGCCCAUGCCGUCCCUGGGCUUUAAUCGGCAGGUGGUGAGGGAUAACCCCGAUUUCUGGGGGCCCUUGGCUGUAGUUCUCCUCUUUUCCAUGAUCUCGCUGUACGGCCAGUUCAGGGUGGUGUCCUGGAUUAUUACUAUAUGGAUAUUUGGAUCUCUGACAAUCUUUCUUCUGGCAAGAGUUCUUGGUGGUGAAGUGUCUUAUGGCCAGGUUGUUGGAGUCAUUGGCUAUUCCUUACUGCCGCUCAUUGUCAUAGCGCCGCUGCUCUUGGUGGUUGGGGCCUUUGAAGUGGUGUCUACACUGAUAAAGCUCUUUGGAGUAUUCUGGGCUGCGUACAGUGCUGCUUCCUUGCUAGUAGGGGAUGAAUUCAAGACAAAGAAGCCACUUCUUAUAUACCCAAUUUUCCUUCUGUAUAUCUACUUCCUAUCCUUGUAUACUGGUGUCUGAAAAUUGGCCAGUCUGCUUUGGAACUGUGUAACACACUGAGAAUUGAUGACCGAAUCGCAAAGUGGCAAAUAACUUCUCAGAAGGACCAUGAAGAUGUGCUUUGUUUUAUUAUUUUACAAUACAACUUGGUUCACAAUCAUGGUCAUUCAUAGGUCAUAAAGGAAAAAUGUACAGUGUAUUUAAUGAUGAAAUGUAGCUAUGAACUUUGUACUUAAUAAAAGAUGUAGGAUUUGUUUAAAAACCUCAGUUUUUCAGCUUUCUGAAUUAUAGAGAAAGUGAAAGUGGUUAUUUUUGCAAGGUACAGAGGUUUUAAAAGGGAACUGCACCAUGUUAAUUUGCUUUGUAUGAAAAACAGGCUUUUGUUAAACCCAGGUGAUAUUCAGAACUCUUAACAAACCUUUCAGGAUUUAGCAGUUCUCAUUUGGAAAGCCUGUGCCAAAAGCAACAGAAACACCUUAUUGCAGUGCAGUUCUUUCUGUUUUGGACUUAAGGGGAAGACAGCUAUUUCAGAUGUAGCUCUGAUCUUUUGUUUUCUGUUUCGGUAUUUGGAGGUUUCAAUUAACCUGAAUUGAAAUUUAGAAUUUAACAUUAGUGGUAUAUCCAUUUUUCAUGCAUCGUUCUACUAGAUUCUUCUUUUAAUUUGUACAUGUUUGUCCAACUAGAUGAUAUUGGGUAGUUUGUGAGAAAAAAAAACAUUUGGGUGCCUUUCAUAUCUUCUGUUAUAUGGUUGUUACCAGUAUAUUAUUAAUAUUUUAUAGAUGUACAUUUGUAAAAAACCUAAAUAAAAGGAAAAUACACUAUAAAA